GCGGUACGAGGUUCCACGAUUCCUGUGCUCUGACUUGUUAGGAACAAAACGACCCCGCUCGCCUCCAUUUCCCAUCACCGAACAAAAUGUCCCAGGAUAUCUACUCCGAGCGCCCCUUGUUCGGCGGCGCCAUUACUAGCACCUUCCCUCUCAGAUUCCAGGAUGUGAGCAACAUUCGGCAAGUUCCCGAUCACCAGGAGGCGUUUGUGGACCCUGCCCGGGACGAUAGCUUGAUCUUUGAGCUCUUGGAAUUCAAGCACGAAGUCGGCGACAAUGGAAGCGCCAACUGGUUUCUUCAGGACCUUGCCACUGAGCAGGAUGAUGAGGGAAGCAUGGUGAUCGAGCAGUCCGGCAUAAUUGAGGCCCCCGGAUUGUGUUAUGGAGACACGCCUGCUGUUGUUACAACUGCUGUUGGUCAAAUGGCAAUCUCCAAGGGGCGGCAAGGAAGAGAUGCACAAAAUAUUGUGAGGGUCUAUUUGGCGAAUCUGCGCCUUAAGGAAGUUAAUACGGAUGUGCUGAUUACUGCAUAUGAGCCCGUUCAUAUAAAUCCUUUGAGCGAAAGUGCAAACACCGUGGGGGCUGGUUUUGCGGUACCUGCAGUACAAUCUGGGCAUAUGCCGGUAGCAGAGGUCUUUAAACUCGCCGUCUCUAGCUUCAGAGUCAAUGACUGGAAUCUUUUUUGUUCUGCUGCCUGAGAUGCAUUGUGUGUUCAUAUCUGCAGACUGCAGUAGUACUUUUAAGAGAAGGUGAAACUCUAAAUUAGGAUAAGAUGGGUUUUUGGAAGAGGCAUGGGUUGUGACAUUUUGUAGUUUGUUUUCUAUUUCCCUUUUGGGCUUCUAUGAAUUCAAGUUUUCUUCCGAUCA